AUCUACACUGAUCAUCAGGGCACAAAUGAUCAGUGUGCCCUGAUGAUCAGUGUAGCCCCAGCAGUGCCAGCUGUCAGUGCUCAUCAGUGCCUACCAAUGCACAUCAAUGCCACAUAUCAGUGUCCAUCUGAGCUGCCUUUCAGUGUCGCCUAUCAGUGCCAUCAGUGCCGCCUAUCAGUGCGCAUCAGUGCCCUAUCAGUGCUGACUAUCAGUGCCAUGCCAGUCAGUGCCGCCUUUCAGUGCCCAUCAGUGAUGCCUGUCAAUGCCCAUCAGUGCCACCUACUAGUGCCUCCUCAUCAGUGCCCAUCAGUGCAGCCUAUCAGUGCCCAUCAGUGAUGCCUGUCAAUGCCCAUCAUGCAGCCUCAUUAGCGCAGAUCAGUGA